AUGGACGGAACCUGUGGGGGAACAUGUCACGCAUUUCCUAUUAAGCACGCAGUGACAUCAAAUAUCUACGUGGAGGAAACUCAUGGCAAGGGGAAAAAAGUUCAGGGAGGGAGGGUUAGAUAUAAAUACAAUGAAGAAGUAAUGCCAAGUAUUGGACUAGAAAAUCAGAAACUUACAACGAUAGUCUCGGGUAACAGUCACCAAGACUUUCCGAGGAAAUAUCAUGAGUUAACAUCAAAGACCACGGGGAGAAGGUGUGAGUAUUUAAAUCCACCACUUAAUCAAUUAAAAGUAACCACACGUGAGAGGCACAGGGCUGACAAUGAGGGGCCGAUUCGAAGGCUAAGGCUUUUCGUUGCUGGAGGUGGUGGGGAGCGAUUGUUCGGACCCCUUGAAAAUGGUCUCUACACCUUUUCCUUGGAUCAUUCCUUACGUCAUCCCUUCUCCAUUCGAGCUCACAAUGCUACCUUAGCAACUUGUGGCAUGCUCAACAUAGGCGAUUGA